ACGCAGAGCAGAGGCUGAAACUGAGAAGGAGUCGACGUACAAUGGCGAUGAGAGCGGCGGCGGCGAGGCGGGCGAACUUGACUCGGUUCAUGGACUCAUCGCGAGGGGCGGCUCGGUACAUGAGCUCCGGCCAGGGAAGGAUCCUGAGCGAGGAGGAACGCGCUGCUGAGAACGUCUACAUCCAGAAAAUGGAGAGGGAGAGGUUGGAGAAGCAGAGGAGGAAGGCGGAGAAAGAGAAGGCGGAGAAGGAGAAAGAGAAAGAGGCUGCUGAGCAGAAACCUGAAGGGCUCAGACUGCUUGAGAGGUCAAGCGUCAACUACUGAAGAAGCAAGGAUGUUCGCAGGCGAAUAGUAGUAAGUAUGCAAAUAAACUCCUCCCAGGAGUCGCUUCUUGUACAGAAUAAUCCUCUUGUUAAUAUCUGAUCUGGUCUACCAACAGUGAUGCUGGCUAUUAAUAAUAACUAUGCAAAUAAACUCCUCCCAGGAGUGGCUUCUUGUACAGAAUAAUGGUCUUGUUAAUAUCUGAUCUGGUCUACUGACAGUGAUGCUAUUUUUUUGUGAGCUUCUAGUACUUAAAGCUGGUUCUUGGUCCGUUUCCUUUUG